AUGAUGUCAUCAUGGAAGCAGAAACUGAAGGAUUCAACCCACCAUUUCUCUAGAGCAAAAAAAGAUUCCUCUCCUACGAGAGACGAUCAGACCUUUUAUAGUGGUGGGUCUCCAAGUUCGGGAAGCGUGGAUGUCUUGAGUGUUUCCAAACCAAAACCUGUCUUGACUAGAGAUAGUCUCGAGCAAGCUAAUCAGAGACGAAACUCUUCUACAGAGUCUUCAAUGUCUACACAAACUGCAGUGGAGUUGGAUAGGGCAUCUCGUUCCGGAAACACAGUCAACGUGGAAGAAGAAUUGAAGAACUUGAGCUUAAAGGAUGACGAGCAAGCCAUUUUUACCAAAGACUUGUCAACAACGGAUCCAGUGAUGGUCCCAUCCUCUGACUCCAACAGUCAGCUAAAUUCGACGGAGAAAACGUCGGACUCUCAAGGAUUCAAACCAGGUCUCUUGACAUGCAAGAUAUAUACUGGUAAUGACAUGAAACUCCCCAUCCCGUUGAAGAUUUCCAAAGUUUUAAUGGAUAGGUUGAUUGAGUCAGGAGUUGAUGUGAAUUUGUCAAAGCUGCAAGAAACUUGCAACGAACUUUUGUCAGCUGCGUCUCAGAUUACUAACAGUGAAAAGGACAAAACUGGCAAUAAGAUUAACUCCAAAAAGUUGGAACUAUUGAUGACCAAAUCUAUUCCAGCCCUGAUUUCUGUUCCCUCAAUGUAUGACCCAACCCCGGUAAAGAAGCCGUUGAUAUACUUGGUAGUCGAGUUCGACAAGAAUACAGAGACCAUCAAUUCUAUCGGAAACACUAUCAAUUCACCCAAAUUCAACAAUGUAACUACUUUUGAUGUAAGCAGCAAUAUGCAAACUUUAACAAUCAAUGCAUUUGCUCGCCUGCCAUCUGUUUUAAUACCUGAAGAUUCUUUGAAUCAACUCAACGAAGAGGCCAAAAAUUUGCACAACGACAAAGAGCCUUUUAGACCAUUGCCUCAACAUGAUAUUUUGAUUGGUUCUACAAGGGUUGACUUGAACAAAUCGACAGACAUUUCAAAUGCAACAUCGAGCUCAAGGCUCAUAAACCACGAAUGGGUCAAUAUCAUUAACCCAUACAACAAAGAUUGCAUGGGGCUCAUAAACCUUUCUAUUGACUUCCAUCCGUACUCCUCCAAAAAAUCAAUGAGUAUUGAUGACUUUCAACUUUUGAAAGUCAUUGGUAAAGGUUCUUUUGGAAAAGUAAUGCAAGUUCGUAAGAAGGAUACCGGUAAAGUUUAUGCUUUGAAGGUAAUACGAAAAGCGCAUAUAGUUUCAAAGAUGGAGGUCACUCAUACUUUAGCCGAGAAGUUUGUAUUGUCAAAAGUUGACAAUCCAUUUAUCGUUCCCUUGAAAUUUGCAUUCCAAUCACCAAGCAAGUUGUAUCUUGUCUUAUCAUUCAUCAACGGUGGGGAGCUAUUCUUCCAUUUGCUGAAAUCCGGUAAAUUUUCUCUAGCAAGAGCAAAAUUCUACAUUUCAGAGCUGCUAUCAGCCAUAGAGACUCUUCAUGACAUGAACAUUAUCUAUAGAGACUUGAAGCCAGAAAACAUUUUACUUGACUAUCAAGGCCAUAUCGCCCUCUGUGAUUUUGGACUUUGCAAGAUAAACAUGCAACUAGAGCAAAAAACCAACACUUUUUGCGGCACUCCGGAGUAUCUGGCUCCAGAGUUAUUAAGCGGACAAGGGUAUACGAGGGUGGUUGAUUUCUGGACUCUAGGAACGCUACUUUACGAGAUGACUGUUGGACUGCCUCCCUUCUAUGAUGAGAAUGUCAAAAUCAUGUACAAGAAGAUUCUGAACGAUCCUUUAAAGUUUCCUGCCGGCUUUGAUCCGGACGCUAAGUCUUUGAUUACAGGCCUGUUGCAAAGAGAUCCGACCAAAAGGUUGGGAUUCAAUGGCUCCCAUGAGAUCAAAAAUCAUCAAUUCUUUGCAGAUAUUGACUGGCAGCGUCUUCUUUCCAAGUCUUAUAUCCCCCCCUUCAAACCACCAGUGCAAGACUCGUUUGACACGUCCAACUUUGACGCCGAGUUCACCAGUGAAAGACCUUUGGACUCUGUGGUUGAUGAUUAUCUCUCUGAAAGUGUUCAGAAACAGUUUGGAGGAUGGACCUACAUCGGCUCUUCGUCGUACUACCCAUAA